UUGUCCAGAGAGACAGGCAACGUGGACCAUGGGUUCCCACUGUGCCAAGCUCAACACAGGUCACAGCCCAGGCCACAGCACGGGCCACAGUAUGGGCCACAGCAUGGGCCAUGGCCGGGGCCACGAAUCCUCCAUGAAGAAGCUUGUGGCCUGCUUGAGUCAGGAUAACUUCUCCUUGUCAUCAGAGGGUGAGGAAGAGGAGGAAGAGGAGGAGGAAGGGGAAGAGGAGGAGGAAGAGGAGCUGCCAGUACAGGGCAAGCUGCUGCUGAUGGAGCCUGAGCGGCAGGAGGAGGCCCAGGAGGACAACGCUGAGGCCCAGCAGAGCCCCGAGUCCAAGGAGACACACUCCUGACCGGUGACGAAGGCCCAGGAAGGGACACCCACUGCUGCUCCGGCGACCGCGUUCAGAGAAGAGUCAAUAAAAAGUCUCU